AAAUUAAUGGAAAGUUAAUUGUUUUGUUUUCGAUAGUGACGAUCCAUGAUUAUUAUAAUUACCUGAAAGUUCAAUGAGAAUUUCAAAUUUUUAAAAUUGAAUGACACUAUUUAUGUUUCUUUGAUGUUAUAUCCACAACAAAUGUAUGUUUUAAAACGCAUCAUAUUAUUCCUACGUAGAUUGAUAUACUUAGCCAGAUCACAUCCCAUUGAAUCCGCAUUUGUUGUUUCUGUUAUUAUCGCCGCACUUUUACCUUUAAGGCAGCCUUCUAUUAAAGGAUAUCCUUAUCUGCAUUUGACUGAAAUUAAAGAUGAUUUGCAGAUGUGUUUAGUUACAAGACGUCCUCCUGACUUCAAAUUAUGUCCUUUAGUUGCUCGAGAGCUAAGUACAUUCAAACAUGCUAAUAUCAACAUUAAUGAUUCCCUGUUGCAAGAAAUGCCAGUGAAGUUUAAAAUUCAAUCUGGUGGAAGAUGGUUUCCAAAAAAUUGUUCUUCCUGGCAGCGUGUUGCUGUCAUUGUGCCAUAUAGGAAUCGAGAAAAUCAAUUAAAAGUAUUUUUACAGCAUAUGCACCCAUUUUUACAAGCACAACGACUUGAUUAUGGAAUAUUUGUUAUAGAGCAGAGCGAAAAGCAUAGUUUCAACCGAGGAAAGCUGUUCAAUAUUGGAUAUUUGGAAGCAUCUAAAGAACCAGAUUUUUGCUGCUUUAUAUUUCAUGAUGUGGAUUUGUUGCCAGAGAGUCCUCAGCACAUUUAUGGAUGCUCUGAAGAACCUCGCCAUAUGUGUUCCGCCCUUGAUAGUUUUCGAUAUGUAUUGCCCUAUCCAGAGUUAUUUGGUGGUGUAGUUGCAUUCACUAAAGAGCAGUUUUCCAAUGUAAAUGGUUUUUCAAAUAUGUAUUUUGGAUGGGGUGGUGAAGAUGAUGAUCUCUAUGAGAGGCUUUGUUCCAAGCAGAUUAGAGUGAGACGUUGGGCUCCUGAAAUUUCAAGGUAUACCAUGUUAUAUCAUGCAAAAGAGAUUCCUAAUCCUACCCGGCACAUGUUAUUAAGAACUUCAGUUCAGCGUUUGGAAGUUGAUGGGUUAAGUACAUUAGAAUACAAAAUUUUGAAAACUGAACUGAAACCCUUAUAUACUCAUAUUUUAGUUGAUGUCAAACCACGUUGA